AUGAUCGGGAUCCUUCAUGGCGUGUAUGGGGGCAAGUUCUCCGUUCAGCUCAACGCGCGGGAUCGCGGUGGCAGCGUCGUCGAGAAUCUUCUGGAGGAGAUACUUCUUGGUGGCAAGACUCCGACACAUGUCAUGCGCAAGGCCAUGGAGACUGCAAAGGACUUCGACCACUUCGAGCUCUUCCUGCUCUCGGAGCACUUGGCGAACCCUGCCUACUUUGUCGUCGCCGGCGCGCAGCAUGGUCAGGGUGGCAUCCUCACCCGCUCUCGCCACGGCGGCCAUGCCUGGCGCCUUGGGGAACCGCAGGCCAUGGACCCGCACGGCCUCAACCCGCAGCCGGACUGGUUCCGCCUGCAAACCAACUACGACCCUUGGACAGCCGUCCCGGCCUACGACAACCGACGCCAGCCUGGCGUGGCCAACGCGGCUGAUUUCUGCAGCAAAGGUGUGGACGAGGACUGCGUGACCAAGGUCAUGACCGCGUGGCCCACCAAGAACCACCACACGGACAUCACGUCGGUGAUGUGCCCACGCACAGGCUUCAUGA